GCCACUCUGUAAAUAGGGUUGAAAGGAAAGGCCAUCUCCAAAGCAUUAGUCUUUAAAAGACGCUGUUGGGUGUUGCUCUUUUCUCCAUCCAUCUUCCCUGUUCUUGCAUACAAACAAUGAUUCACAAUGUUGGUCCAGUAGCCUUCCCAAUCCGAAAUCCUAGGUCUUAUUCCAAUAUCUUCAUGGCGACCUACACUGCUUCUUGGGAGGAGGAGAAAACAGGGACGCCCUACUCCUACCGCCCCGCUAAAGAGGUGCAUUUUCAAAAGACUCAUUCCAUGCCACCACAAAAGUCUGAGAUUUUCAAAUCCUUGGAGGGUUGGGCUGAGAAUAACGUAUUGAACCUUCUAAAGCCUGUUGAAAAAUCAUGGCAGCCUCAGGAUUUUCUGCCACAGCCUGACUCUGAAGGCUUCUAUGAUCAGGUCAAGGAGAUGAGGGAAAGAACAAAGGAGCUUUCUGAUGAUUAUUUUGUGGUUUUGGCAGGUGAUAUGAUCACUGAAGAAGCAGUCCCAACGUAUCAAUCAAUGCUCAAUACCCUUGAUGGACUUGAGGACAAGACAGGCGUGUCUCUCACUCCUUGGGCAAUUUGGACUCGCGCAUGGACUGCUGAAGAGAAUAGGCAUGGGGACCUUCUCAACAAAUAUCUUUACCUCUCUGGACGUGUAGACAUGCGAACAAUUGAGAAAACUAUUCAAUAUCUCAUAGGCUGUGGAAUGGAUUCUAAAUUUGAGAACAACCCCUACUGCGGAUUCAUUUACACUUCGUUCCAGGAGAGAGCAACCUUUGUGUCCCAUGGUAACACCGCCAGACUAGCUAAGGAGAAGGGAGACAUUAAGCUUGCACAAAUAUGUGGAACCAUAGCUGCUGAUGAGAAACGCCAUGAAACUGCAUAUGUGAAGAUUGUUGAGAAGCUAUUUGAGAUCGAUUCUGACACUACUGUCUUGGCUUUUGAAAACAUGAUGAGGAAAAAGAUUACAAUGCCAGCUCAGUUGAUGUACGAUGGGGAGGAUUAUAACCUUUUCGAUCAUUACUCAGCUGUGGCUCAGCGGCUUGGAGUCUAUACUGCUAAAGACUAUGCUGAUAUUUUGGAAUUUCUUGUGGAAAGAUGGGGAGUAGACAAGUUGACAGGUCUUUCUAGCGAGGGACGUAGAGCUCAAGAUUUUGUAUGUGGAUUGGCUCCAAGGUUUCGAAAGCUGGAGGAGAGAGCUCAAGAAAGGGCCAAGAAAUAUGCCACCAUUCCAUGUAGUUGGAUUUAUGGCAGAGAAGUACAACUUUAAGUUCAUCGUAGAAUGUCAUCAUCGGACAACUUACUAAUUAAAUAAUAUACACAUGCGAUGAUGUGGAGCCUGCCUUGUUAUACAUGUGGUGUAUAAUUUUUAUUAGUUUCUCUUUAUUUCAAUAAAGAAUUUAGAUAUGCAUUUACAUCUCAAAUGAACUUGUUGGAUCAACUGUA